AUGUCUGACACUCACAGCAGCCCGCUCCUGGCAGAGCCUCUCUCCAGCAGAUACAAACUCUAUGAGUCAGAGUUUACCAGCCCUAGCUGGCCUUCCAGCCCCCAGGAUACACACCCAGCCCUGCCCCUCCUGGAAAUGUUUGAAGAAAAGGAUCUCCAAUCUUCUAAAGAAGAGAGCCACGUGGUGAAAAUUGAAAACCCCAAUGAACGGAGUAAAAAGAGUGAGAGGGGGGUAGCCCACGGGGGCGCCGCCGGCCAGACGCACUGCAGCCUCCUCCGAGCAGUGGGCUUCCUCACGGGCGAGAUGAAGGAGUACAGGAACUGGCUGAAAGAUAAGCCAUUGGCCCUCCAGUUCAUAGACUGGGUCCUGAGGGGGACUGCUCAGGUGAUGUUUGUCAACAACCCUCUCAGCGGGAUCAUCAUCCUCAUAGGGCUUCUGAUCCAGAAUCCCUGGUGGACAAUUGCUGGGGGCCUGGGAACAGUGGUCUCUACCUUAACUGCCCUCAUCUUGAGCCAAGACAGGUCCGCCAUCGCCUCGGGACUGCACGGGUACAAUGGGACGCUGGUGGGACUACUGAUGACCGUGUUCUCCAACAAGUCAGACUACUACUGGUGGCUUCUGUUGCCUGUGACCUUCACAGCCAUGGCCUGCCCAGUUCUUUCUAGUGCCUUGAAUUCCAUCCUCAGCAAGUGGGACCUCCCGGUCUUCACGCUGCCCUUCAACAUUGCGGUGACCCUGUACCUGGCAGCCACAGGCCACUACAACCUCUUCCUCCCCACGACACUGGUGCAGCCUGUGUCUUCAGUGCCCAAUAUCACCUGGACGGAGAUUGAAGUGCCCUUGCUGCUACAAGCCAUCCCCACCGGGGUCGGCCAGGUGUACGGCUGUGACAAUCCCUGGACGGGUGGCAUGUUCCUGGUGGCUCUGCUCGUCUGCUCACCACUCAUGUGCUUGCAUGCGGCCAUUGGCUCAGUCGUGGGGAUGCUAGCAGCCCUGACAGUGGCCACGCCCUUCAAGAUGAUCUACACGGGCCUCUGGAGCUACAACUGCGUCCUCUCCUGCAUCGCCAUCGGCGGCAUGUUCUAUGCCCUUACCUGGCAGACGCACCUGCUGGCCCUUGUCUGCGCCCUGUUCUGUGCGUACCUGGAAGCAGCCCUCUCCAACAUGAUGGCGGUGGUUGGUGUGCCACCAGGCACCUGGGCCUUCUGCCUCUCCACCCUCAUCUUCCUGCUCCUGACAACCAACAGCCCCGCCAUCUACAAGCUCCCACUCAGCAAAGUCACCUACCCAGAGGCCAACCGCAUCUAUUACCUGACAGUAAAAAGCAGUGAAGAAGAGAAGUCUCUCAGCGGUGGUGGUGGGGAGCAGCCAGCCACGACAAGCUCCAGGGCCGAUGAGGGCUCAGAGGCUGUGCUUCCUAAGCCCAGGAGCGUGUUCCACAUCGAGUGGUCAACCAUUCGGAGAAGAAGCAAAGUGUUUGGGAAAGCUGAACACCAGGAGAGACAAACAAAAGACCCUUUUCCCUAUCAAUACCAGAAGCCCACGGUCGAGUUGCUGGAUCUGGACACCAUGGAGGAGAGCUGUGAGAUAAAGGCGGAAACGGGCAUCUCCAGGACUUCCUGGAUUCGAAGCUCCAUGGCCGCCAGCAGGAAAAAGAUCAGCGAAGCCCUCUGUUACAUCACAGGAGAGAUGAAGGAGUGUGGAGAGGGCCUUAAAGACAAAUCCCCGGUGUUCCACUUCCUCGAUUGGGUCCUCCGGGGCAUGUCCCAGGUGAUGUUUGUGAAUAACUCCCUCAGUGGCGUCCUGAUCGUCCUUGGCCUCUUCGUCCAGAACCCCUGGUGGGCCAUCUCGGGCUGCUUGGGCACCAUCAUGUCUACUCUGACAGCCCUCGUCCUGAGUCAAGACAAGUCGGCCAUCACGGCAGGGCUUCAUGGCUACAACGGGGUGCUGGUGGGGCUGCUGAUGGCCGUGCACUCUGACAAAGGCGACUAUUACUGGUGGCUUUUGCUCCCGGUCAUCAUUAUGUCCAUGUUUUGCCCCAUCCUCUCCAGUGCCCUGGGCACCAUCUUCAGCAAGUGGGACCUCCCGGUCUUCACGCUGCCCUUCAACAUCAUGAUGACCUUGUACCUGGCGGCCACGGGCCACUACAACCUCUUCUUCCCCACGACGCUGCUGAAGCCUGCAUCCUCCAUGCCGAACAUCACAUGGUCGGAGGUCCAGGUGCCCUUGCUUUUGAGAGCCAUCCCUGUUGGAAUCGGCCAAGUGUAUGGCUGUGAUAACCCCUGGACUGGAGGCAUUUUCCUCAUCGCUUUGUUCAUAUCUUCGCCUCUUAUUUGUUUGCAUGCUGCGAUUGGAUCCACCGUGGGGAUGUUAGCAGCGCUCACCAUCGCAACGCCCUUUGACUCCAUCUACUUUGGCCUGUGUGGCUUCAACAGCGCCCUCGCCUGCAUCGCGAUAGGGGGCAUGUUCUACGUCAUCACCUGGCAGACGCACCUCCUCGCCAUCGCCUGCGCACUGUUUGCCGCCUACCUGGGUGCUGCCCUGGCUAACAUGUUAUCUGUGUUUGGAUUACCACCCUGCACCUGGCCCUUCUGCCUCUCAGCGCUCACCUUUCUGCUCCUGACGACCAACGACCCCGCCAUCUACAAGCUUCCACUCAGCAAAGUCACCUACCCAGAGGCCAACCGCAUCUAUUACCUGUCCCAGGAGAAAAAUAGAAGACCAUCAACCAUAACAAAGUACCAGGCCUACGAUGUCUCCUAA